AUGCGUCUCCACCUUGUUAUCUCGCGUCAUGGCCUGCCGGCUACGCGCAUUCUCUGGACGACUACGUCGUCUACUUCUGUGUUGGGCGAAUAUGGCACCCAGCGCGCGGUAUCGGCUGCCGCUGUCGCAUCUUCUCGCACCCCCAACAUCGCGUUUUCAAAUGGUGGAUAUACAGUCGCCCAGCUGCUUGAGGAUGUGAAUGAGGUUGUCCCGUUAGAAACAGAGCCUAAUGUGUUUGAUGCGGAGUUUAGCGGUCAAUGGGGACUUGAAGAUUAUGUUGUUGAGGUUGCUGGCUCUGAGUGCCUGCACUUUAUGGAGGUUGAAGGCCUGUUACGUGAUGGAGACGAGGUUGUUAUUCGCGCUCUUCAACUCGCAGACCUUCGGGCACGACAGAACUACUUCCACAAGACCUGCCAUUACGAUCCCACCAAGAAAGAAACGUCGCAGCGUCUUUUCUGGCUGGGAACACCCCCGGAAAUCCAGAAUGACAUGGCAAAUGCCGAAGAGGAAGGCGAUGGAGGUUGGUUGCCGCCUGCAGAUACUGGGUUUGGAAAGGAGCUUUCUAUUAUGCCUCCCGAACACGAAGAGUCCAUGGGAACAGUGAUUCGUCAUCCCAUUCAUCACACCGCAGAGACAGACAGCGAAGCAGAAAUGUCCGAUAUCGAAGAAGACGAAUUGGAGAGCGAGCUUCAAGCCCUGAAAGAAGACUUCGAAGAGCCCUCUCAGUUUGUUGAUAUCAGGAACCAGACUCGCACUGCCAGUGGCCACCCGCUACGUGCUGCAUCCACUACCAAGCGGCCAACCUCGUCUGACAGUGUCCACAAAGGGUCACUGCUGGCCCCUUCAUCGCUUUCCAGCAAGCGUUCCCGCGCAGAUGACUCGUCCCCAAGAACCUCGAAAGCAGUGAGGUUCAACAAGGGCGACAAUCUCCCUAACAUCGCGCAACCUCAACUCCCCGAGACUAUCAACCUUUCCUCCGACUCUAACUCUGAUUCCGAUUCUGAUUCUGCAUCGUCAGACAGUGAUUCCGAUGAUUCGUCUUCCGAGGAGGAGAAGGAGAAGGAACCAUCCAAGCCCCAGGCCCAGCCAGCUGCCUCGUCUGAUGUAGAUUCAUCAGACUCAUCAGACUCUAGUUCUGAUUCGAGCUCGGACUCGGACUCGGAAUCAGACUCUGAUGCAGAAGAGGCACAGGAAAAGGAAGCUCUUCCGCCCAAAAUGGCUCAACCACAGCCUGUAGCCGGUCCACCAUUCCAAGGAUCCCUUCGUACCAAGAAGAGCAACAACCGCUUCAAGCUCCGCCGUCGUCUGUCCAAGCUGAAGGAGAUGGGAGCUUUACAUCAGGAUGCAAACUUCGAGGAGCUUCGGGAAUGGGAAGAAAAUAAUGGUGGCUGGUAUGUUCCAAGCCCUGCUGAUGUGGCACAAUCUUCUCAGACUCUUGAGGAGUCUACCAAGAAACAAAGAAAAGAAGAGGAAAAGCGAGAUUUCGAAGCCAGGCGACAGAAACUCCUCCGAGAUCUUGCGUCUGGCAACGGAAUUAGUGUCGAUGAGACAUCGGAAAAGGAAAAUGUUCCUCCAGGCCCGCAAAGUCGUGCAUCUGAUAUUCCAGCAUCAGUAGCCGUCGCAACAGAAACCGAAGAAGAGCCAGAGAAAGCAUCAAGCCGACGUACCCUUGAUAUUGCCAGCUCACGACGCAUGCUCUUUGGAUCUCUUGGAAUGCGAACUCCAAAAACCAAGAAAGACGAGGAAGAAACUCGACGAAGACUUGCUGCUAAAUUCAGCGCAAUCGGGAAGAAGCCAGAACCGGAAGAGGCUGAAGAUAUGGAUGUGGAUGAGGAUGAGGAUGAAUCCGACGACGACUGGGAGAACAAGCUCGUUGUCCGUGCAGUCGAAUGUGUCUAUCCCGAAAUUGAGUUGACUGCUCCUCCUUAUCCGUUCGUUCAGCGCUGGGAUCAAGAAGCCAAUGCGUUGAUCCGUCAGGCCAAAGGCGGAAGCAAGAAGCGCAAGAGAAAGCAGCGCGCUCAAGUCUAUGAAGAGGAAGAGUACGAGGAGGGGAAUGAAGAUUACCAAGGAUAUGAUGGCCACGACGAAUACUACCAAGGAGGAAAUGACAGCUACUGGCCCGGUGAAGGCGACGGCAAUGAUCAACUCAACUAUGAUGACGCUGAAGCCGAAAUAGUCGAGAACGCCGGUAUCGACGAGGAUCUCCCUGAGCUUCCUAGUGACGUGAACAAAGUCCCCGUUUUGAAUGAGAAAGAGUUGAAAAAGGGGGCAAUUAUUGCUUUCCGACAGCUCGAAAUGUCCAAGGACACAAACUGGCAACCCAGGAUGUCCGAGUACCGAGUCGCAGAGGUGAUUGAAUCUCCCAGCAAAGAUGGUACGAUCUCCGUACUACUGGCAAAGCGAGACCGUCGACCAGCACCAGAAUUUUCAGAGGAUGACGAGCCCCGUCAAUACGACAAGUUUGAAAUGCCUGGUUAUGAGGAUGAAGGGGAGGACGAUGGUCACCGUGAGGUCUCGUUCGCAGAACUCAACUACCCCAAGCUCCUACAAGCGGCAACACAGUCUCAGGCAGAAGCUGGGAAUCAGAAUGCUCAAGAAGAUAGCAUUGUCUCUGUAGUAGCAGAAUCAGUGCCGAAUCCCCAAGCUCUGCCAGCUGACAUGGAUGUUGACAUUGAUGAAACCACGUUUUUGACCAUCGGCAACGAAGUCAGCCAUCUUCAAUCGCCUCGUCGGUCUCCUGGGAUUUCUGCCGAAGCAUUAGCAAUGGAAACCGUUGAAGAAGUGAUUGUGCCUCAAAUCCAGGUAGAUAAUGGGCCGGAGGCACGCAGCGUUACUCCUCCAAUCGCGUCUCCCUCUUUCACUGGGUUUUACUCUGCUCGAUCUUGGCAGCCAACAACACCGGGGCUGACUGUUACAGCUGAAAAUGGCAAUCUGGAGGGCCAUACUCUUAUCGGAGGUGAAACGCCAUCUGCCAUGGUCAACCCUGAAGAUGAUCCCUCUUUCUUGUCGUUUGUGUCAGCCAAUCCCUCUUUCGAGGAUACCUCUAUAAAUAUGGAGCCACCAGAGCAGGAGCAGGAGCAGGAGCAAGAUCGCCAGAUUGUCAAUGAUAACCUUGUGCCACCUGCCGAGUCUGGGGAGAGUGGUCCGCAAUCCGGGUCUCUUCUUUCUAUUAUUGGCAUGAGUGGUGAUGGAUUUGCAGCAAUCAAUGACAGUGUAGAAGACCGUGGGGUUGCUCCAACUAGCUCUUCGCAGUCGUGGAAAGAUCUUCUGAAUGAGUUGGGAGCAAGCACGUCUAAUUCAGGGGAUGAAGAUGAGAACCAAGAGUAUGGAGGUGAAGAUGAAGAUGAAGAUGAAGAUGACAGCAAUGCAGAAGAGAACAAUGACGAAGAUUCUGAAGAAUCUCACUCGCCUGUGCAAGAGGAUGAGGAUGAAGAUGGGGAUGAAGAUGGAGAUGAAGAUGAAGAUGAAGAUGAAGAUGAAUAUGCAGGUGCUCCAUUGCCCAAGGAAACCUAUGGAACAGACUGGAGUAAUGAUCGAGUGCAAAACAGCAUGGAUCACUCCAAUCUCGACCUUGACCUCGGUCAUGGAUCUCUAUCACCAAGCUGGUCGAGCUCUCCCAGAUCACCACCGAAUGCUCAACAGGAAGCUCAACCCAAACCUGAGCCAACUCCUCCCUCUCUCGAAACAGAACCCCCAGCGGCCUCCACCCGUCUACGACUUUCCCAGCGAUUCCGUGAAUCUCUCUCAUCCUCCCAAAUCCCUGCUUCUCAAAUGUCAGAACUGGUCGAUCUUACUUCCAGCACCAAUGCAACCCCCGAACCUCAUGCCGAGCCCGAGCUCGACAACGUUGAUCAGUCUCAGUCUCGCUCCAAAUCCGAGCGGUUCCAACCCAAGAACCAAUUCGCUCAAUCCCUGGGUCGGAAUACCAGAGCUUCCACGGGCACGGGACGACUGCAGCAGAUGACAGAAGUGAGCAUCAGCCCUUCCAGGCAGAAGCGACGAAAGUCUCGGAAAUUCUAG